AUGAGAAGUGUCACCAAAUGGAUUGUGUUGGUGCUGGUGAUAUGUGUUUUCACCCGUAAUUCACUGGGCAAAAGUGGAAACAAAGAUCGUAAGUUAUUUUAAUCUUUUGUACUUUUAGAGGCACUUAUAACUUCUUAAGCUAUAGAUGAAACCUGAACAUCAAGCGUUUUCUGAGAUGAUAAGACCUGAUAACACCAUUUUAGGGGUAUUUAUAUGAUACAGGAAUGACUUUCAUUCCGGAAUGAGUUUCGUUCCAGAGGGAAGUUCGUACUGCGUUCACAUGAUAAAAUCGACUGGCUUAGCCCAGCCUAUGGAGUUGUGGCUCUUGUGGUCAGAUCAGAUACACAUGCGCAACUUGUCCUAGGCUACACGAAACACGAUUUGCAAUUUUUAAUCUGGAACGAACCUCGUUUUCCGGUCUUUUCAGUUUACAUGAUACCUGAAUGAGAAUUUCAUUCGGAAACGAAAUGUCGAUUAUUCCAUAUCACGUAAACAAAUACUGAGAAACGGUGGAAGUGGAAUGAACAUGUUCCAGAAUUUGAAAGUCAUUCCGGUAUCAUGUGAAUAGCAAUGUUAGUAUAGCCCUGACCCUUAUUCAUUUGAGAACUAUAAUUGAGAAGAAGAUAAAAAGAUUGCCGAAUCCUUUUGCAGAUAUUUCCCGGGACUCAGCCAAGAAAAACUGCAGAGUGGCGAUGGAAAACUUCCAACGAAUUUUGACACAAAGUGAAAAUGAUCUAAAGAAAGGAGGAAAAGUUGCAAUGGCAGCUGGGCUAAAAAGAAAUUUACUUCUCGCACUGAAGAAAGUAGCUGAACAGAAAUGUAAAGGUAAGCUUUUAAGAAAACGUUGCGGAUCUUAUAGGGAAGGGGCCCGGGCAGGGGGGGGCGAAUCUCACCUUAUUCUUAGACAAACUGAAGCCCACAGAAAUGAGAAAAAAUAUUUUUGAGGCCGCACAUCCUUUCUUCCAAGGGUCUAAAUGAACGGGUUCCCCGCUCACUUUAAGAUCUGAAUCCGCCCCUGAGAGAGAAAUGUUUUAAAGUAACUCGGUGGAAAAAUCAUUAAACUUGAAAUCUCCCCAAAUGUUAGUACGAGUCAGAUUUUGCCUCGCAACACUGGUUCAACUAUGUGCCUUAAUCGAUUCGCUUAUCGUUCUUCUUGCGAGAAAUAUAGCGCUUGUUAGUUAAUCAUCUGUACUUAACUUUCCUAAAGGAAUCACUAGUUUAUAGUUUAUAUAGAAUUAAAGGCGUCGUUUCUUUAAGGGAUACACGAUUUAGUGUGUUAAUGUCCUUUUAAAGAACAAGGCCUCGGAGUUUUUUUUAAAGAGUUUUUAUUGAUUUAGAUCAGAGAGACGGAGUUGAGUAAUUAAUGAACUAUUUAAAGAGUCUUAUAAGUUCUAUUUAAUAUUCUUCGAGAUGCGGGUUUGUCGCCUAGCAAAACAGUGAUGUAAUUACCAGUAGUACUUAUUACUAUCCCCUACGUAUAGGUAUAAAUGAAUGCUCUACCAAGACGCAUGACUGUGAUAAAAAUGCUGUCUGCAAGGAUACCGAUGUGGCCUUCUCUUGCACCUGUAAACCAGGAUAUAAAGGAGACGGACUGAAGUGUACAGGUAAAAACUUAGUGACUUACUUAAUUACAACUUUUUUAAAGGUAACUAGCCAAACCGCGAUAGCGUGACUCAACGUGUCCAGUUUAUAAUAAAUAGGACUAUCCCUAUUUUAUCAGACAUAUCUCAACACAAACAAGACUUUAUUAAAAAAGAUGGUUCAAUGAAAUUUUCCGGGCUCAGCUUACCAAACGAUUCCUUGUAUUAGUUAAUCAGUGUAACAAGAACUCUACUAAGUCAGUGUGUUGCCGUAAGUCGUAGGGAUUUUCCUGCUGGAAGAACGUUCUUAACAUUUGCGGCUAUAUCUAAGUUUCAAAAUCAAUAGCAGCAGCACACUACUACGUACAUACGAGUAACUGGAAGCCUGGUGCGAGCGUUUAAUAUAACCCCUCGCACUUCAUAUUUGGAGGGCUGGGUUCAAGCCGCGUUCCUUACUUUAACAAGAGUGCCUCUCUUCACCCUGGUGUAUUGGUGUAUAAUUUAAUUUAACUGGAAAAAAAUCAUUGCAGCUAUGGAUGAGUGCGUAAAGGCAGGAGAUGUUUGUCCGUCAGGACUGCGAUGCCUACAGCAAAGAGACGGAUCUUACGCAUGCGCAUGUGAUGCUAAGGGUUUCAAGGUUGUCGGAAGACGAGAUGCGAGGACUUGUGCAGGUAGAAUUUCUUGUUAUGUCUUAUAUGAUCAAUCCUAUUUAAUAUUUUGUUAAUAUAUCUUAAUAUAUCUUACUUGGCAAAAAAUCAUUGCAGCUAUGGAUGAGUGCGUAAAGGCAGGAGAUGUCUGUCCGUCAGCACUGCGAUGCCUAAAGCAAACAGACGGAUCUUACGCAUGCGCAUGUGAUGCUGAGGGUUUCAAGGUUGUUGGAAAAGGAGAUUCGAGGACCUGUGCAGGUAAAAUUUCUAGCUAUGUCUUAUAUGAUCAAGCCUAUUUUGUAUUUUGUUAAUAUAUCUUAAUAUAUCUUACUUGCCAAAAAAAUCAUUGCAGCUAUGGAUGAGUGCGUAAAGGCGGGAGAUCUUUGUCCGUCAGCACUGCAUUGUCUAAAGCAAGGAGACGGGUCUUACGCAUGCGGAUGUGACGCUAAGGGUUUCAAGGUUGUUGGAGAACGAGAUACGAGGAAUUGUGCAGGUAAAAGUUUUAGCUAUGUCAUGGACGACCAUGCCUCUUUUAUAUUUUACAUAACUAUAGAAAAUACAGAUUGAUUAUUGAAAGAAAGCUUCUGGUACAUGUAUUAGUCUAUACAAAACACCGGCAGCGGCAGCCGCAGCUCAAAACAAAAGACCGCCCCAUGUAAGUGAAAUGUCACUAUUAUUGUCGCAGAUAUCGAUGAAUGCAAGGAAAAGAAGUUCAGUUGCCCUAUGGAUAGGGUGUGUAAGAACCGACCAGGUGGAUAUGAAUGUGUAUGCAAGAAGGGGCUACGCCUGGACUAUGAUGGCAAAUGCGUUCGUAAGUAUUCAUAUCAACAAAAGUAACUAUGGUAAAGCACGUCACUCAAUGACUGUGUGUUGUUGAAAUUUUGGUUUUUGUUUUUGUGAAAAAUAAGAAAGCCCCAGGGCACUGAAAGUCCGCAGCAAGAUCAGCAAGUGAGAGUAGAAGAGCCGCUUCUUGACGAUUCACAAAUCUUGAAAGUACCAUUGCCAGAAAUUAGGGACAAGAUGGCGGUUGCGCGUGCGCACUAAGGCCACAAUGGCUGCGAAUUCGUAUAAGAAAAUGUAUGGAGAUAAGGAAACUUUUUCAAAUAUAUCGAUUAUGAGCUCACGGGUGUUCGGUGCCCGACUCGAAACAUGUUAAGUGCUGUGUAACCCUCGCAUCUGGGUUAAAAAUAGCUAAUUAGAAGUAGGUUUACUUACUUCCUGACGUGGCCACUUUUAUUCCUUGUUGUACGCUCCAUUUCUCCAUACAUUGUCUUAAAAUCUUGCCGAAGUCAUGCGAAAUACUCGUCGAUUAGAGGAUAAACCCUUCACUGAAGUAAAUUUGCCCGACUCGAUAUCACUUCUGCGAUGGAAGAUGUUUCCAAAACAGUCGUUAAAAGGACGAUUUUUGCACUGCAAAAUACUUCCAAAGGCGCAUUAUUUCCCUCAGUUUUCCAUCUGUAGUCCAGUAAUGGACGCCAUGGUUGCGAAUGACACAUUUCGGUCGGACACAGCUUCACAACUCCGAACCCCACAGAAUCGCCAUUUUGUUUGUUGCUACAACUCCAGAGAUGCUUCACGGGAUAUAAACUAGGUUCCAGGCAUUCAAAAAUCCUCGAUUAGCCUACCAGGCUUGGUUUUAAAACAAAAUUGUCACGAAAAUGUCACGAAAGGUACAUCCGCGUACUGUUUUGUUGCUAUCAGCCGCUCGGCCGCGUAUAAACCUAACAUUUUCUUGCAAGGUGUUUAAUUCCAGCUUUUUUCUUCGUAAAACAGAUCCACAGAGCUCAAAUUAUUUAAAAAAUCGCAAGGGAUACGCUUUCCCUGACUACGAUAGUUUUUGUCCGCCAUUUUGAAAAUGAGAUUCCGCUGACAAUUGAUCACGGGCGCGAAAUGUCCACGAUUUCUGGCAAUGACCUAGGAAUGUCGGGGUUGUAAGAUUGCAUGUAAACUCGGGUUAUUGUUUUUUAAAAUCCUCAGGCCCUUAUUCUUCUUUAAUCCCCAAAUCUCGUCAAUAACGUAGCUCCAAAAUCUAAUAUGAUAACAACGUAAAUGCCAGAAUUACAUUUUAUUUGAUAACAUCAUGAUCAAGGUAUUGCAAACACUAUAUUUGCUUCUGGUAUAUAAUAUGAAUCGUUUCCAAGGAUUCACUUGAAAUCUAUGUUCUUUUACAGUAUUGACCAAAUGCGGUAAAAAAGGACUGUCGUGCCCACAAUACAGCAAGUGCAAAAAAUUACCAAGUGGGUCUUAUGACUGUGCUUGUAUGAAAGGUUUUGAGGAAGUUAAGGAAGAAGGAAAGCUUAAACUUUGUGAAGGUAAAAUAUUCUUUAGUAGAUUGUAAGAUUAUUUCUGAUUAUACGGAUAUAAAUUUAUUUUAAAAACAAAGCCCAAUCAAGUUAUACAGGUGUUUAUGAUCAGGACCGAUAAAAAAUGUUUAACUUGCAUUUUGUGUGUUGUAAAUGUAACAAAACAUUGUUCGUAACUUUCAUGGCAGAUCUUGAAUUAGCAGACGGUCGUAAACGUUUUCGUCUCUAUAAAACUUCAACAGAAUUGGGUUCCUUGAAAAGGCUCGAGCACAAUCGAACCCUUUGCAAAAGCCUUAGGGCAAAGUAAAAGGUGAAACUGUAAAGGUUCGCCCCGUCCAAGGGGGGGAAAUCAGGGAAUCAGGGAAGUUUUUGCUUGUGGAAUCCGGAAUCGAGUGCUUUAAAAUGAAGAAUUUAGCUCAAGGAAUCCGGAAUCCCCGCUCACGAUUGAAAUAAUCCAAGUUCCACGGACAAGGAAUCCGGAAUGUAUUCGUUGUAGAAUCCAGGUCCCAGUUGUUCAAAGGCCGAUUAUAGCCCUUAACCCAGGUUUCUUUUUCUUGUGUUCAAAAGCAGUCUUGGACAAUUUUCUAUGUUAUUUUUAGAGCUUCCAAUCAUCAACUUGUAGACAAAAAGAAUUAAAUACGUUUUAAGCUUUUAUAUCUAAAUUCGAAUCUCGCACUAACCCUGGGUGAUCUUAACCCGGCUUUGAACAACCCGGCCCAGAAUCUAAGACUGUUUUGGAGGCGCCCUUACAUGGGGCUAAGGUUGUGUCCAUCUUGUGUAACUCAGAACUACACAGGUAUCACACUUUUUAAUCUUAUACUUCCUUCACGUAGAUAUCAAUGAAUGUCUAACACCUGAAGUAAACUGCUUUGGAGACCGCUGCAGAAACACUCCAGGCUCAUACACGUGUGUCCCUUGUCUCCCGGGAUUUUCGGUGAACGAUGAAGGCUUUUGCGUUGGUAUGAAUGCGCAGAAACAAUUCUGCGACACAAAUUUAAUUGUUUUAAACUUCUAAUUAAAAAAAACUGAAUAGAAUUAGAGAUUUUCUAAUCAUUCCUCUAUCUGACAAACAUCACCCUCAACGUCACCACCUUCUCCUCAGUCACAAUCAUCAUCAUCAUCAUCAUCAUCACUAUUAUCAUCAUCAUUAUUAUGAUUAUUAUCAUCAUCAUCAUCCUCCUCCUCCUCCUCAACAUUAUCAUCAUCAUCACCAUCGCUACAAUCUCCCAUAACAACACCAUCAACAUGCUACAAGGGAAAGACGUUUUUGAGCGACGCACGUCAAUCGAAAGUGGAAUUUUUGCAUCCUUUCUUUUGCCAAAAUGUUUGUGCAAAUCGUCUCUAUAAGCGUAAAGACACUUAGCAAUACAAAUUUGGUGGCGUCGGCUCCUGUCAAGGCUUAUUAAAAGAGAAAAAGGCUCACUUCCGGUAAAUCUGCGUCGCUCAAAAAUGUCGCUGCUUAAACUCCCUUCUGUGAGCUGUUGUCAACGUGAAACACCUUUUUCUUUUUUAGCAAUAGUUAAAGGAGCGUGUAACUGCGAUGAAAAAACUGAAGAGUGCCGGCGUGGAAAAUGCAGAUGUAAAAGUGCAUUGGGAUUUAGAAGAAAUAACAUGGGUCGCUGUGUCAGACGUUCAGGUGAGUAACUUUUCCUAUGAGUUAGCCUCUCGUGUCCACUAUCUUACGCAAUGCAAUCUCGGGCGUAUGGCAUGAAUAAGUGCACAAGUAAUUCUAACCAGCAGUACCUUUUCGUUGUAAAAUUUCACGCUUCGUCUUAAGUAAGCCUUUGUGGCUGUGUGUAUAAAAUGCCUAAUUGUUUGGAAAGGAGGAUAAGAUCUUUUAACAUCACUGUUGUUUAACAGUAAUCUCAUGGUACAUUUCUUCACAUUUUGGUCGACUUUUUGUUUUGUCCUCUCUGUCCAACAAGUACCUGUGUAUUACAAAUAAAUUUAACAUGCUUCUAUUAAAUGAUUUCUUUGUCUUUAAUCUAGGUCCUACUUUAGGCGUUCGUCCGCCUUCGUCCAGUUCUUCCUAUGUCUACAGUCAGGUGACAGUACUCAUCACUGCAUUUCUUGGUAGCCUGGCCUUUAAGGCCUGGUCAUUGAACUGA